UGCUGGUGUCAGCUUCUGGAAACAGCAACGGGACACAGAAUCCAAUAUCACUGGAUCUAUUAAUCAACACUUCAGGCUCAUCGUAACUAUUUCCAAGGAGAUUUCCCUGGGUGAAAAUGUUGUCAACUAUUUUUUUCCGGCUGAUGUUGAUCUUAGUAGGCUCCUCUGCGUCUUUUUCAGAUGCACGUAAUUGCGUCAUGCGAGACUGGAAUUUUAAAAUUAAAGGGGAAAAGGAAUGUGAUGUGUUUAAAUACCUCGUCGGUUUUGAACGGGAUGGAAAUGACUACCUGCCAGGACUAAAGAAAGCCAAGUGCUGUGAAAGAGAUAAAACGUUCUGGGGAGUCCCAACCCAGUGCCAGAUGUUUGACUGGAUCAGAUCAAUGGACAGGACUGGAAUAAGCAACUGUCCACCUGGCUUCUACCUCCGAGGUGUGUCCCGCGGAGACAUGUACGGCAACGAUGUCGGUAGCAUUGACUGGGGCAAAUGCUGCAAACCUUCUCAUCAUCCUUAUGAACAUCACGAGUGCUAUCAAGAGGACGUCAGCGAUACGUUUAACAGAGCCGGUCUUAGUGAGUGCAAGAGGGAUGGCUUUUUUAUCGCUGGAUUUGAAAAUCAAGAUUCUGGAGGAAAGCUAUCCAGCAUCAAAAAGUUCAAAUGCUGUCGCAUGGUGGAAAGCAUUCCACAGCUAAAGAACAUGGAGGGACUUAAACAACGUGUAAUGGAUGCCACCAUGUUUAACAUUGGACAGUUGGCCAACAUGAUGGGAUUUGCCUGGGCUGGUGGGUGUUGGUCAAGAUAUGCUGGAGAACACUUCCGGCGGAAUAAAGACACGUGGGAAUCAGCCUACAAAUCUUAUUGCCUGGGUGAGGGACCUAAGAAAGAUGUUCGAUUGAAGAUUACUUACGAAAAUUUCAAAUUUACGAUGAAAGAUGUAAAAUUUGGAAAGUCCGUUAAGCAAACAAUUCCACUGGACCAGGAAGAGAGGUUGAUGAAUUCUCCUGAUAGAAGCUACAGCAGGGUAUCCUCGAAUAAAAAGUCAACACCAGGGUAUGACUCUGAGGUCGAAAUUCAGUUUCGAGUUGCAAGCACCUUGAAAAAUGUUCAAAAAACCAGUUGGGAUUCCAAAUUUGGAUUGGAAGUGGGUAUGGAGUACGAGCCACCAAGCACAACAGGUGGGGUGGGAUUUUCUGCCAAAAGUAGUUUUAGCUAUGAAUGGGGAGGAGAUCAGGAAGAUACCACAGUCAACGAAGAUUGGCACAUUCUUUCCAUCAAAGAAGCUAAACAACUACCCCCAAAAACAUUUUCUGAAUGGCACGCCUUCAAAAAGCCUCAAAAAGUUACAAUUCCAUAUACGGCUACGAUCGUUCCCACAUUCUCUGUCAAACUGGAAGGUUACAUGAGAUGGGGAGGUGGUUAUUAUGGGAAUUUUCCAAAUUUCCACCAGGAGCACCGCGGAUCUGGAGAUAGGAAAAAACUGUCGUACACGUUUGGGAGUGCUGAUAAACCAUUUUAUGACGACCUCAAGGACCAGAUCGAGCAGAAUAUGUACCCUUGGCAAUGGCUUGCUUUAAAACAGCAUUAUCCUUACAGUAAGUACUUCAUCGACCAACUCAUUAAUUCAGACCUGUAUGCGUUCACUAUGGAAGGCCAGUUUGAAGAAAUUACUGAGAACGAGAUUAAAUCGAAGUGGUAUCCAUCACGACCGAUCUCUGAGAUGAAUGAUGCACUUGCAAAUUUAACUGCAAUGCAAGACCAGGGAGAGAAGUUCCCAUUAUUUCCCCGCAUAUACCCUGAAGGACCCGCGGUAAAAAUCAUCGACAACAGCAAGGACAUAGAAGUUCCUUAUGCCAAAUUGUCCUAUGUCAACGAUGAAGAGGGACCAGAGCCUACAGUAUUUCCUCGCAUAGAUCCGCCGGAAUCCAAGGUGAGGCUCGUUAACAACAAUAGGGAUUUGGAGCCUGCGCCCGCUAAGCACAGGAGGCAGGGGAAAAAGAAGAAGUUUGGUGACAAAAAAAAGGAAGAACCUAAGCCUACGAUAUUUCCUCCAAUUAAUCCUCCAGCACCCAAAGUAAAGCCCGUUGACAACAGCAAAGAAAUAAAGCCUCCACCAGUUAUACACUAG